CAGAGGAGAAACAAAUUAUAAGAGUACCAGUCGACAGUAUUUUGUAAACAAAAUCACAUGUUCCUGACAAUGUAUUUAUUAAGAAGGAAAAUACCAAUUUUAACAAUCUAAAUGCCUUUCUAUUGAAUUUGAGUCACAAAAAGAAAGUUUAUAUUUUAUUUUAUUCUGCACUCUGGUCUGACAGUAUUCUGAAAAAAAAUGGAUGCUAGCAGCUAUGAAGUAUAUGAAGAGCACCUGAAACAUUUAGAAGAACAGCUUGUUACAGUUACCAUAGAAAAUCAAGGCCUUGUAAGUGAACUCAAUGGUUAUAAAGACAAAGAAUCAUUGGAUAGAUUAAGAGCAGAGAUUGAGAUUGAAAGAAACAGAUACAAAAAGUUAGAAGAGAAAUUCAAAAAACAUGAGAAAGAUGAUAUCAAACAUAUUCAGAGCUUUGAUAGUGCUCAGGGAUGGGUCGAUGUAUCUAUCAAAUCCAGUAGUUCAGCUGAGAAAUCCUCUCCACCACCAAAGUCAACAAAGAAAAGAGUUAGAAGAAAUAAAAAGUUUGACUUAUUGUGGAGGAGAAUAGUGAAUUCUGUAUAUAACUUUAUGGAUGAUUUUACAGAGGAACCUGAAGAACAGAAUGAGAAUGAAGAUGGAGAACCUCUCACUGUUAAACAAUUAAAAGCUAAUAUCAACAGAUUUAGUUCUGAUUUAAAACCUUAUAUAGAUACAAUCAAAGGAAUACAGCAGCUACUAGCUUGGAAGACUCCAUCUUAUACUUUACUAAUGUUCAUGAUUUAUUUGAUUGCCAUAUGGCAUGGUUGUUUUGUAUCUGUGAUAUUGUUUUGUUUGGUUGUGAGAAUGAUGGUUAGUUAUUUAAAUCAUUUGGGAUUCCAAAUCAAGUUCAAUUUUUUCCAGGCACUAGAAGAACAAAAGCCUAAAGAAGAUAGCAGUUCUGGAAUAACAGAUAAAUUUAGCCUGGUGAUACAAGUGGCAAGAAAAGUUCAGAAUGGACUAGGGGCUGCUGCAGAUGGUUUGGAGAAAAUACAAAGUUUACUAACUUGGAAGACGCCAGUGACCAGAAAGUUAUUUAUGAUGUUAUUUAUCUGUUUUAUUAUGUCGUUUACUGCAUCCAUGGAACACUACAGUUAUAUAAUGGGUAUAUUUUUAGGAAUAAAAAUGUUUAUUAUCAACUACUUUUAUAAUCGAUAUCCACGAUUGAAAAGAAGGUACGAUUCCACAUACAAAACCUGGCAACAGCUUCCUACAACAGUAGAAUGUGAACAAAAAAUGGUUAAGUCAGAAAUAAAUAAGUUCAUAUUGUCAGACACAGAGACAACAUCAGAAGAGUCAGCUGCUGAAACAUCAUCAAAAACAAAGAAAAUCAAAGAUACAGAUGCAGAAUUUUGUCAGUUAUUUUCUUUACCGAAUUCAGAAUGUCCAGUAUCAGGAUGGCAGGGUGGGAAGAGAUGUUCUCUUGUUAACAAAGAAAAGUCAGUUUUAUCAGGAUUAAAAAAUGGAAAGUUAUAUCUUACAAGGAGUUUCCUGUGCUUUGAAAGGACAAAGACACCAUCAAAGAAAAAUAUUGUUGUACCAUUAGCAGAUAUAACAGAAAUGUCAAAAGCCAAACCAUAUGCAAUAUUACAAGGAAGUGGAAUGUCAAUAGAAAUAAAAUUAGUUGGUGGCAAGGUGUUUACAUUUGGUGCCAUUGUAUACAGAGAUGAAGCGUAUGAUAGUUUGAUACAAGCAGGAAUAGAUCAAGCCCUUCCCUGGGCUACAGGGGUGCCAUUAAACCAGGGUACAUUACCUACAUCAUCACUCAGAAGGAGAAGUUCGUCAAAAAGUAUUUCUAAUUUUACCUGGGCAGCUGAUUAUACGGAUGCUGACUGAACUAUUACAGAAACGAAAUAAUAGUACACUAUUCGUUAUUGAAAAACGUACUUAGAUUUACCGCUUCCCCAUCAUUCAUGCUGUUCAAUGUUGUCAUGAAAUUAAAUAAGGAAUCAAGAUUCGAGUAAAAAAAAUAUAUGUUUAUAUUUGCUUGAAAUCAGGCAUUGCAUGAUUUGAUGUCAUUCUAAAAAUA